CCCACCGCAACAGUCCUCACCCCCCAGCAGCCCGUAAUGUCACGAGUGCAGUCCUCACCCCGUCCAGCCGGCGGAGGCGCCGGUACGUCGUGGCGUCGUUGUUUACUCCACUUCUUUCAUUUUCAUUCCGGCAUUAUGCUGGUGCAGUCGUGCCUCUUACUUCUUGCGUUUUUGGGAAUAGAAAGAGGAUUGUGCCUCAAAUGCUACACCUGCCUCUCGAAUGACCCUCGCGAUGCUUGCGCCAAGUUCGACAAGAGCGAAGUGCCUCUGAGGGCCUGCGACAGGAAGGAGCUGGAGCGGACGGAAGCCAUGGCUAAGGAAAUGCAUCCUUUGAUUGGGAAGCUGUUUGAGGUGGAUGCAGCCGUUGAGCCUUUACUGCCUCUCAACUGCCUCAAGCAGGAGAGCAAACAUGGGAAUAAGCACUACGUCCUUCGGGGAUGCCAGCUUGCUACCAGCAACGACCUGGACAUCUGCGUCAAAGUGAAAAAGGACAAUACGGAACACUUCCAAACGAAUUACUGUUCGCUUUGUAACGGCGAUGGUUGCAACAGUGCUCCUUCCAGAAGCACCUCCACCAUUAUUUCUGUGGUUUUUGUAACUUUUGUAAUCUACUUUUAAAUACGCUGUUUAGGGUUAGACUAGACGAUUAGGUAUGUGUACAUAUGCAAUUUUUUGUUUAAUUCCAAUAAAUUUAAUAAUGUCAA